GGCGCCGCCCCGCCAGCCGCGGCGUAUAUCGCGCUGAGACUUUGAAGUGGCGUGUAGACGUUCCCGCUUUAGAGCACCGGACAAAAUGGCAUCUGAUGAAGGAAAACUCUUCAUUGGUGGUCUGAGUUUCGACACUAAUGAGCAGCAAUUGGAACAAGUCUUUUCUAAAUACGGACAGAUCUCUGAAGUCGUUGUAGUGAAAGACAGAGAGACUCAAAGAUCCAGAGGCUUUGGCUUUGUUACUUUUGAAAAUAUAGACGAUGCUAAAGAUGCAAUGAUGGCUAUGAAUGGAAAGUCUGUAGAUGGACGUCAGAUCAGAGUUGAUCAGGCUGGAAAAUCAUCAGAGAACAGAUCUCGUGGAUACAGAGGCGGGGCUUCGGGGGGCAGAGGCUUUUUCCGUGGAGGCAGAGGUCGGGGCCGUGGCUUCUCCAGAGGAGGUGGAGACAGAGGCUAUGGCGGAAGCAGAUUUGAUUCCAGAAGUGGAGGUUAUAACGGUUCCAGAGACUACUAUAAUAGCAGCAGGAGUCAAGGUGGUUACGGUGACAGAUCUUCAGGAGGAUCCUACAGAGACAGCUAUGACAGUUACGCUACACACAACGAGUAAAAAUCCUUCCUGACUCAAGAUCGUCCUUCCAAUGGCUGUAUUUAUAAAGAUUUUUGGAGCUUCGCUGAAAUCGUUAUUGUGUAGUACAUCUACUUGUAUUUUCACUUUUGUAGUAUUAUCAGUUCUAAUCUUGUCAAACACAGCCUGACAGCUUCUGCUAUGAGAUGGUCUAAUUAGACUUUUCUUUAAGAAAGCUCUGCUUUCAAGUGUUUUUAAUCUUUUUUGAAAGCACUUCAGAUUUUAUUUUAUCCUUCAUGAUGAGCCAAGGUGUUUUUUUAAAGUUGUGAAGUUGGGGCCCCAAUUCAGUUUCUUUCGAGAUAGAAAGGACCUUUAAUUCAAUGUUCACUGGAAGCUGAACAAGCUGUGGACUCUUUUUUCUUUUUUUUUUUUCUUUUUUUAAGUGCAUUACCUUCGUCUUUUGUAACAUUCCUUUAGUGUAGCAAGGUAGGAAUGCAGCCUGGGUACAAAUUGGAAGGCAAACCACCUUGAUAUAUCUAAAGAGAAACUUGCUUGUAUGUUCAAGUUGCAUAACGGUAUUUUUACUGUUGUAAUGAUGUAAAUUACCCAGAAAUAGACUUGCAAACUUACCAUAAAAGAGGUUCUUGAAAAUGUUUAUUUAUAUUGUCCUUUUUUACUGGAAGAAAUAUGCAUAUUCCAUUGAUAUUGUAUUUGAAGUGGUAAAGGAUUCUUGUAUACAGUUUUCUUUGGCUUUACGAAGCCUAUUAAAAGACCGUCUGAAAUGAACUCUGCUCCUGACAUUUACAUUUCAUUGCACAACACAGUCCUUGAAGAAUAGACUAAGUAAUAGAGGAUGUCAGAGGAGAGACAAUUGCUGAUAGUAUUAGAGCAAAACAGAUUGAUGAGUCGCUAGAACUUAAUCUGAAGCAGUCUUGACAUGCGAAUAUCUUAAGCAUAUUUUCACGUAGAGUAGUGAAACUUGUGUAGAGGCAGAUUGUUGAAAGUAAAAAUACCUUAGGGUAUUUGGUACUUGAAGCCUGAGCCAGCAAAGUUGAAGGGAAUGCCAGCUGGCUGGUUAGGAUAAUCAAUGUUUCCUUAAAAUAAAGCAGACAUGGAAAAGCUGUAGUAAAGAAUCAGUCCUUUGGUACCUGGACUAGUUACUGGCUUGACACGGUGUUCAAUGGUAGGUAAAUUGCCGUAAUUAGCUAGCUUUGUCGUUGCUUACAAGUUCUAAGAAUUCUUUGCUAGCAUAUGGAAACUGCAGUGUCCUUGGAGAAAAGAAGUGUUGUGCCUCCAACAGAAACCUCUGAGACGAAAGCUGCUCUCUUGGCUAGUUCAUAUGUGGAAAUAGUCCUGUAAUUCGAGGUAACUCCUUUUGCUCAUGUCCGCAUCCUUCCUCUUGUUGAGAGCUCAUUUGAAAGUCUAAUGUACCUGUGAAAUAUUCCUUUGACAAUUUUGGUCAACUGAUGGAAAAAUUUUAACCCAUGCCGUAUGCAAUCUUUGGCUUGUGGCACAACUUCAGUUCCACAGAUCAGAGUUGGGCAUGCAGUCAUGUCUUGCUAGUAGGUAUGGAAGCAAGAUGGGAAACCGAAUUCCCUGACUUGAUAUGUGUUCAUCUAUUUGAGACUCUUUCUAGACUUCAUUAAGUUGCUCACUUUUUUAAUUGUAGCUUUCUUUGCCAUCCUACUUGUUGCCAUUAACUUUUUCCCAUAGCCCACACUUCCUAAGCAGCCAUGUCAAAGUGGUUAACACUCUGCUUAGGGAUCAAUGAUAGAUUGGCUGGCAUAUCAAAGGCAUCAGCCAGCCCCGGAACAGUUUUCCCAGACUGUGCUUCUGUGAUGUGAUGGGUUCAGCGAAUGGCUUGUGAAACCCUCGUUUAUGAUGUGACUUGUGUUGGGGGGAGGUGGGGAACGAUGCACACCCUCUGCUUGAUAUUAUUAAUAAUGCAUAUUUGCUUUGGCAGGCUGAAGAGAAGAUGGACAUUCAACGUGGAAGCUGAACAGGAAACCUGAGAAAGGAGUGCGUUCCUUCUAAGGGAGCUGUAUUGAGACU